AUGUCGAAUGUUGAUCUAAAUGAUGCUCUUAUCGGCGUCGACUACGAUUCCAGAGGUUAUCUACAAACAUGGCCCGUGACAGUAGACCAACAUACACGGUCAGACGAAACCCAUGAUUUAACGCCCCUACAAACCAGCGGUCACCCUAUGGAACAGUCGGUGGCCCAGGAUCCCAAUCUAAUGGUCGACUGGCACUACCAUCAGCACUUGCAACAAACCCCUCAUCAUCACCAUCUGUCGUAUUCAACCGAGGACCCGUCCGCCCCCCAAUUUGCUGCUGCGAGCUAUGGGAUGGCCAUUCAGUCGUCCCCGGUGGAUCUGAUGGCCGGUCCUCAGGGUCAGAUGAGUGCUGGUCUACUCGAUGGUCCCUAUCUGCCGCUAUCUGCCCCCGAUAUGGUGCCAUUUACCUAUCACGACUUUCAGGCCGACUUGAUGGGUUUCCCUAAUGGACUUCCGGAAGUUUCAUACGCCCCGCACCCAGUGCUGGAGAGUAGCUCCCCCACCGAUACCUAUCUCGAGGUCCGUUCCCUCUCGAGCAGCGACAAUGGGUGGAGCACGGUGGAUCACCGUCGCUCACUUGAUUUCGGCUUCCCUGAGCAGGGCGUCUUCGUCAACCCUACCCAGACACUUCACGACCGCAGUCUUUCCGAGUCAUCAUAUUCAACCUCCUACGGUAGCUUUAUUGAUAUCGCCCACCCGAUUAGUUCACCUGGAUCUGAAGGCCACAUGGAUCUGCCCUACAACCACCCUGCUCUGAGCUUCGCUGGAACCUCCCCGCCCAAUAACGUUCUUGUCCGCCAUGAGCGUUCUUCCCAGGGCUCUCGCUCACCCUCUGCCGUCAGUCCCAGUGCCAUGGUUCGCCCGAUCCCCGUGCCAAUUAAGAAGUCUACCUCGCCCAGUCGCUCUUCUGGUUCCCACUCGUCAGCUUCACCCCCAAGUCGGAAGCCCUCAAGAAAGAGUCCAAUUGCCGCCAAGAACUCCGAAACCAAGGUUCGCAAGCAAUCUCAGACCGGCAAGCCCGAGACCGAAAAGCGGGUUGGCAAGCGGAAGGGUCCCCUGAAGCCGGACCAGCGGAAGCAGGCGAGCGAAAUACGCAAGUUGCGUGCUUGCUUGCGCUGCAAGUUCCUCAAGAAGACCUGUGAUAAGGGCGAGCCCUGUGCUGGUUGCCAGCCAUCGCAUGCGCGAUUAUGGCAGGUGCCCUGCACGCGUAUUGAUAUCAAGGAGAUUGGCUUUUUCAUGAAAGACUGGAAGGCAGACUACGAGCGCCACAUCUCCAUGGGAUUCUCCGUGGGCAACAUCAAGGGCUUCUCGGACCAGGAACGCACUCUGUUCAUCACACAUGGCUAUGGACAGAUGCUGCCGAUCAAGGCUCGGGAAGUCUACGUCCGUGAUGAACAGUGCUUCACCAUUGACUGGGUGGAGUCCUUGCACCGCGAGCCAACACAAUACGAAGUUGAGACCGCCAAACUCUCUGCUGGCAUGGAGGGUAUCUCGCACGCGACCUUGUCUGACUACCUGGACCGCCACAUCGACGGUAACGGCACCUUUGAGAAGUUUGUCGACGACUACUUUGAGGGCACUCCAUUCUUGACCCAGAUGCUGAAGACCGCUUUCCGCUAUUACUACCGCACCAAGCUACCCGUCAUCCGCAAAGCAUUGAAGCUGAUCAUUGCUUAUAACCUGACUCUCCACGUCACCAUGGUGGAAGGUCUCGGUGAAGAUGAUAACUUCUUGGGCCGUAUUCCGCAGGCGUCCUCCAAGUUCCGAGGCAAGACCAUGGCCCCCGUGAUGAUCAACUUCCAGAUCAAGUGUGCUAUGGCCAGCAUGUGGCGUGAGCUCCAGAAAGAUGUCUUGGAGGAGCUCUCUGCGCUGUACUCGAGUGUAUACAGUGGUGAGAAACUGAAGAACUGGCCUACUAUCUUCAUCCUGGCUUCCAUUCUAUUGGCUGUCUGGGAGGAGAUGCAGUUCGACCAACACUAUCGCACCCCAGACCAGGCUGCCGUUGAUAAGUUCUGCACUGAUAUGGAGACCACUCCUGUCGGUGUCAUUGUCGGACUGUUCCAGGCCAUCUCGCAGAAGCUGCCUCCUUUCACUGAGUGGGACUCGCAAAAGCACCACCAAGUUCUGUACUCCAACCCCGAUGUAUGCAAUACUAUGACCGAGGUCCGCCAACAUGUCGAGCAACACGAAAACUACCUGCGGGGUCGCUCCAACUCGGCAUUCAACCGUGACGACUUUGACUGCCUCUCCAACAAAUUUGUUUCCCGUCUCGUUAUUCGCGCCAACUAA